GCCUGUCAAAGUAGCUGUCAAACAAACCGCUUCGAGCAGCUGCUGCUGGAGGGACGAGGAGCACCAGGAAGUCCUGACUACUGACAGCACUUCGGAAAGUCACACCGACAUCUUCAGCGUUGGACUAAAUGUGUUGGAUAGCGUUCGUUUUUCAACAGCUACACGAAUUUAAGUGGUCCAGCUGGCCAAUGGUGGAACUAUGGUGGCCAUCGUGGACGUCCGGUGGUGCUAGCGUCAGUGUGUGUGUGAGCGCCCUCCUCGCUGCGUAGCGCACGACGUGCAUCCCGUGAUGCCGUCGUCAACGCGGAAAGGGGCGGUGAAGGACCCUGAACUGGCCGAUCUCUUCUUCAAAGAUGACCCCCAGGACGUGUUCUGCGACCUGCACGAGAUCGGACAUGGGAGCUUCGGGGCGGUCUACUUUGCCCGAAACUCCUACUCCAAUGAGGUGGUGGCCAUCAAGAAGAUGUCCUACAAUGGAAAACAGACUACUGAAAAGUGGCAGGACAUCAUAAAGGAGGUGAAGUUCUUGGAGCAGCUACGCCACCCAAACACCAUUGAGUACAAAGGAUGCUACCUAAAGGACAACACUGCCUGGCUGGUGAUGGAGUACUGCCUCGGCUCCGCAUCAGAUCUGCUAGAGGUUCACAAGAAACCACUCCAAGAGGUUGAGAUUGCCGCCAUUACCCAUGGUGCCUUGCUAGGACUGGCUUACCUACAUUCCCAUAAUAUGAUUCACAGAGAUGUGAAGGCCGGUAACAUCCUGCUGACGGAGUUGGGUCAGGUGAAACUGGCUGACUUUGGGUCCGCAUCCAUCGCCUCCCCUGCCAACUCCUUCGUAGGAACCCCAUACUGGAUGGCUCCUGAAGUGAUCCUAGCCAUGGAUGAAGGUCAAUACGAGGGGAAGGUGGACAUCUGGUCCCUUGGGAUCACCUGCAUAGAACUUGCGGAACGCAAGCCGCCAUUGUUCAAUAUGAAUGCCAUGAGUGCCUUAUAUCACAUUGCCCAGAACGACUCUCCCACGCUGCUGUCCAACGAAUGGUCGGAUCCCUUCCGGAGCUUCGUGGACUACUGCCUACUGAAGAUUCCUCAGGACCGACCUUCAUCAGGGGAGCUGUUGAAACAUGACUUUGUGCGGCGGGAGCGGCCUCCUCGGGUGCUGAUGGACCUGAUCCAGCGCACUAAGGACGCGGUGCGGGAGCUGGACAACCUGCAGUACCGCAAGAUGAAGAAGAUCCUGUACCAGGAGAAGCACAUCGGCCUGAUGGGGGAGAGCCAGGAGGACGAGGAGGACAGUGAGGCAGCGAGCUGCAAGAGGAACAGCCUGGGGAGCAACCACUCCAUCCCCAGCACGUCGCUCAGCACGGGCAGCCAGAGCAGCAGCGUCAACAGCAUGCAGGAGAUGCUGGAGGACAGCUGCCCUGACAUGACCAUGAUGCUGCACCAAGACUACGACAGCACCCUGGACUCCUCGCCUCAAGCCAAGAAGGACCACUGGGAUGAAGCGCUCCACAGGGACCAACGGCAGGAGAGGUCGUCUUCCUCAGACCGGAGCAGCGAGGGACAGAACUACAGGAACCAAGGCCGCUUCGCCACCAUUAAGUCAGCCUCACUGGUAACCAAGCAGAUCCACGAACAUGAGCAGGAGAGCGAGCUGCGGGAGCAGAUGUCCGGCUACAAGCGCAUGCGACGGCAGCACCAGAAGCAGCUGAUCGCCUUGGAGAACAAGCUGAAGGCCGAGAUGGACGAGCACCGGCUGAAGAUCCAGAAGGAGGUGGAGACCCAGGCCAACAACGCCUACAUCGAGCUGGAGAAGCUGGCCAAGCGACACAUCGUGCACACGGAGAGGGAGAUGAAGACCACGUUGACGGAUGAGAAGAAGUUCCAGCAGCAGAUCGUGGCCCAGCAGAGGAAGGAGCUGACCACCUUCCUGGACACCCAAAAGAAACAGUACAAGCUCUGCAAGGAGAAGAUCAAGGAGGAGAUGAACGAGGACCACAGCACACCCAAGAAGGAGAAGCAGGAGCGCCUGUCCAAGCACAAGGAGAACAUGCAGCACUCGCAGGCGGAGGAGGAGGCUCUGCUCCUGGGCCAGCAGAGGGUCUUCUACGAGAGGAACUGCCGCACGUUCAAGCGCAAGGUCAUGCAUAAGAGGCACGACUUUGAGCAGGAGCAGAUCCGCGAGGAGCUCAACAAGAAGAAGACCCAGAAGGAGAUGGAGCACGCCAUGCUGAUCCGCCACGACGAGUCCACCCAGGAGCUGGAGCAGCGGCAGCUCAAGACCCUGCAGAAGCUGCGCAUGGACCUGAUCCGGCUGCAGCACCAGACUGAGCUGGAGAACCAGAUAGAGUACAACAACCGGCGGGAACGCGAGCUCCACCGUAAGCACGUGCUGGAGCUCCGGCAGCAGCCCAAGAACCUCAAGUCCCUGGAGUUGCAGAUCAAGAAGCAGUUCCAGGACACGUGCAAGGUGCAGACCAAGCAGUACAAGGCGCUGCGCCACCACCAGAUGGAGGUCACUCCCAAGUCGGAGCACAAGGCCGUGCUGAAGGCCCUGAAGGAGGAGCAGACGCGCAAGCUGGCCAUCCUGGCCGAGCAGUACGAGCAGAGCAUCAACGAGAUGAUGGCCUCGCAGGCGCUGCGACUGGACGAGGCCCAGGAAGCGGAGUGCCAGGCUCUGAGGCAGCAGCUGCAGCAGGAGAUGGAGCUGCUCAACGCCUACCAGAGCAAGAUCAAGAUGCAGACGGAGGCGCAGCACGACCGCGAGCAGCAGAAGCUGGAGCAGAAGGUGUCGCUGCGCCGCGCUCACCUGGAACAAAAGAUUGAAGAGGAGCUGGUUUCCCUUCAGAAGGAGCGGACCGACCGCAUCAAGCACCUGCUGGAGCGCCAGGAGCGGGAGGGGGACAGCUUCGACAUGGAGAGCCUGCGGCUGGGCUUCGGGAACCUGGGGGCCCUGGAGUACCCCAAAGACGACUACAGAUGAGGCCGACGUCCGCCACACACCCGCCCCCCACCCUCCUCCGACGCAUCGUCCAGCCCGGCGGGACGCUUUGUCCUGAAGACGUCCACGCCACGCGCCUCUAGGACCAGCCGGGGGCUCGGCCCCGCCGGGUCUGCGAGAGGCGACCACAGAUUCUAGAGCCCGAAAGCGCGCGCGCGCGCGCACACACACACACACACACACACACACACACACACACACACACACACACACACACACACACACACACACACACACACACACACACACACACACACACACACACACACACACACACACACACACACACACCUGUAUGCCCCCUUGCGGCGAUACAUGAUGACAACCUAAUGCUGGAUGAAAUAUUGUAGUUGUCAUGUCUUUUGUAAAAUGGAGAAUGAUAACAUUGUCAGUGUUCUUUGUUUCUUGUGCGAUGAAAACACUUCCACAGCUGGAGGGAGGGCUGAAGGAGAUGCUGGCUUGUUGAGCAGUGACUCUUGUAAGGGUAACAUUAUUUGGUUUGUCUCAAUCAGUACAAAGAAAGAAGAGGCAAGAGCACACACAUUAACACAACCCUGAUCACAAGCAAUGACCAAUCGUACUGCAAACAGUUUGGAGCUGCUUCAAAUGCUUUUUUUUUUGGUAUUUAGUCGUCACAAUUUUUUUAUAUAACGUUUGAAUAAUUUGAUACAAGUAAAAUUGUCUGUGAGUCGGUAGAUUUUUACUAAAUAUGAUUUUCUUUUGCGUGGAUUACUGAUUACUGGCUGCGGCACUGAGGGGUUGGGUCUAUGCUACUUCUCCGUGUUUCUCUGUAGUUUCACUGAACUGGCCGCCAAUGUGAGUCAUAUUACACGUGAACUCCAACUCCCAGCAGGCACAAGGGCUUCAGGGGGGGUUGGGGGGGGGGAGCGAGGGGACAUGUAUUUUGUGUAUAGAAGGAUUUAUCGAGAGCUUUUACUUAUUUUCGUAAUGUAUUUUAAAUGUUACGCAAAUCCGAUUUUUAAAGAUUUCUUUUUUCUCCUCUCACAUUCCUGUAUAUUAAUUGAUGUCAAGUAAUCUGUUGAUGGGAUUUUAAUUUGAAAAUUCAGUGAAAUCUUUUUAUUUCAUUCUUGCUUUAACCCCAAUUCAAGCGGUGUAUUUUCUUAUACGCCCAACCAGUAUGAUGCUUUAUUAAUGCAUGCACUUUAAUUUCAUUUCCAGGUUAAAGGAAAGCAUGACUGUCAGGAGAUUUUAAUUAUAUUUGUAAAUAAAGUGCUCAUCUCACCGAUA